AUGCACCCAGGUCCUCAUUCCGUCUGUCCAUCUCCCCAGGUCCUCAUUCCGUCUGUCCAUCUUCCCAGGUCUUCAUUCCGUCUGUCCAUCUUCCCAGGUCCUAAUUCCAUCUGUCCAUCUUCCCAGGUCCUCAUUCCGUCUGUCCAUCUUCCCAGGUCCUCAUUCCGUCUGUCCAUCUUCCCAGGUCCUCAUUCCGUCUGUCCAUCUUUCCAGGUCCUCAUUCCGUCUGUCCAUCUUCCCAGGUCCUCAUUCCGUCUGUCCAUCUUUCCAGGUCCUCAUUCCGUCUGUCCAUCUUCCCAGGUCCUCAUUCCGUCUGUCCAUCUCCCCAGGUCUUCAUUCCGUCUGUCCAUCUUCCCAGGUCCUCAUUCCGUCUGUCCAUCUCCCCAGGUCCUCAUUCCGUCUGUCCAUCUUCCCAGGUCCUCAUUCCGUCUGUCCAUCUUCCCAGGUCCUCAUUCCGUCUGUCCAUCUUCCCAGGUCCUCAUUCCGUCUGUCCAUCUUUCCAGGUCCUCAUUCCGUCUGUCCAUCUUUCCAGGUCCUCAUUCCGUCUGUCCAUCUUCCCAGGUCCUCAUUCCGUCUGUCCAUCUUCCCAGGUCCUCAUUCCGUCUGUCCAUCAUCCUGGUCCUCAUUCCGUCUGUCCAUCUUUCCUGGUCCUCAUUCCGUGUGUCCUAACAUUGUAUUGACAUGUGCUGGGACAUCAUUGCACAACAGAACUGUGUGUGUGUGUGUGUGUGUGUGUGAGAGAGAAAUAGUGAGAGCUGACUGUGUGUAUAAACGUGUUUGUAUAAGUGUGUAUUUCUGAGAGGCUCUGAGAACGUAUGUUGAGUUCCUCCUUUCACUGCCACUUUGGCCCAGAGCGUGAUUGUGGCUGGGAGCAUCUCCUAAGUCAUUUAAAGGUAAAUUGUGUACGUCUUGUUAAGCAGUUGGUCUGUCAAAGUGAUAAAAAGUCUGGAGGGGGUGGUGUUCACAGUGC